CUUGGCGUUCUGUCUGUUGAAUUAAACCAAUUUUUUUAAAAAAGGUUGUUUUUUAAAUUUUUUGGUUUAAAAUUUUAUUCAUGUUUGAUUGUUUUCUGAUGAAUUGAUUAAUUGAAUGAUAAUUAAGAUGUCAGCAGUUCUGCUUGGAUUACAGGCUCUGGCAGCUGAAUUUGAAACAUUGCUAGAGAUCAAGGAAACAGGAAAUGAAAAGAAUAUCAGGUCACAGACGGAGAAUAUGAGCAGGAGAGUUAAUCCUUUAGUUGAAGUCAAUCCUAAAGUAGGUGGUUUAGCUGAUCCUGGAUUAAAAUAUUUAGCUGAUCCUAACCCUGGGGAUUUACAGGAACUGAAGAAGCAGAUGGAACAGUUACAGAUAAGAGAAGAAGAAGCAGCGGCUCAAGUAUCCAAAAGUAUUCAGGUUGCAGAACAGCUGAGGGCAGAGAAAUCAGAGAUAGAGUUUGAGGUGGCUCACCUACACGCUCAGGAAUAUAUAGACUACAUUUGA